UGUAACUAAAAAGCAUUUAUGGAAAUAUUUUAUAAAACUGCCGGACUUUAAAGCACAGUGCAAGUUUUGUGAAAAGAAAUAUUAUUAUAUAAGCUUCGAAAAUUUGAAAAAACACAUAAAAGUAUGUCAUAGAAAAAUUUUUAUAUACGAAGACAAGAGAAAACUAAUAAAACGGUCGUGGAUGUAUUUCAAGUAUUUAAACAAAUUAUAUUCACAAUGUAUUAUCUGUGACGCAGAGAUUCUGUCCACAUUAGAAUCUGUAAAAAAUCAUUUGCGUUCGCAUUCUAAAGAACAACGGGAGAAGCAUAAACUUCGAAGUUGGCCACGGAAAUAUUGCACACAAAGAGAUGAUUUUCAUGUACAGUGCAAUAUUUGUUACAACAACUUUUCUCUUUGUAUUCAUUCUAGUUUAAGUCGUCAUGUAAUAAAGACACAUUCGGAUAAAGUAAAAAAUACGCAAGAAACGCAUGACACAGUUUGUUCGUCCGAACGCGUUUCAUCACUUGAAACGGACACAUCGUCUAUGUCACUAAAUAUUGCAACUAAAAAGCAUCUGUGGAAAUAUUAUGUGCAACUGCCGGAUUUUGAAGCACAGUGCAAGUUUUGCGAAAGUAAAUAUAUUUAUAUAGACGCGAAAAACUUUAAAAGACAUGUAGCAAGAAAGCAUAGCAAAAUUUGGAAGUACGAAGAAAAGAAAAAACUAAUAAAAGGGCCAUGGAUGUAUUUCAAGUAUUCAAACAAAUUAUAUUCACAAUGUAUUAUUUGUGAUGGAAAUGUUCUGUCUACAUCUGAAUCUGUAAAAAAUCACUUGAGUUUGCAUUCUGAAGAACAAUGGAAGAAUUGUAUACCUUGCAAUUGGGCACGAAAAUAUUUGACGAAAAGCGGUGAUUUUGAGGUAGAAUGUAAUAUUUGUCAGAACGACUUUUCUCUUUCUAUUCAUUCUAGUCUGGAUCAUCAUAUAAAAAAGACACAUUUGGACAAAUUGAAAAAUAUGCAAGAAAGACGUGGCACAGUUGUUUCAUCAGAAUGCGUUUCUUCGCUUGAAAUGGACGCAACGUCUAUAUUACCAAAAGAUUGUUAUGUAUUGUUAACGAGAUGUCCACCUUAUAAUCUUUACAUAUGAAAAAAUGCAUAAAAAAAUUUUUUAUCUCGAAGAAAAAGUACAUUUCACAUCAUUCGCGUAAAAUGCAUUAUUUGUGAUGAGAACAUUUUAUUUUUAUCUAAAAAUUUAGAUCACUUACGCUCGCAUUCUAAGGAACAGUUAAGAAAACAUACAUUUCAGAGUUGAUUAUUGUAUUAAAAAUAUUAUACCAAAGAUAAUGAUUUUGAUGUAGACUGUAACAUUUGUCACAAAAACAUAUUCGUUGCAAUUGAAACUCAUUUCAACAACAUAUUAAAGAUGAACAUCAUUUGGCAAGCCAACUAAACUGAAUUAAAAAAUAUCCAUUUAUUCAGAAGUUGACAAUACGAUGAUAACGGCGUUUAUAUAGCAUUACAGCCAGCAAUAAUGACAGUCCUGAUUUUGUAGAUUUUAGUUUAUUAAAAGAUAGAGAUAGGAAAAGUAAUUAAAGUACAUAGCUCUGUAUUAUUAAUAUUGAUUUAUAUCUUCUAUAAUAACUUCUA